AUGCAUGGAUCCUGUCCACUUGUUAUGGGCCAAUUUACCAGUUCACAUCGAAAAGAAACCAGAAACUCGACAGCUUCUGCAGUUAAUGAGAGUGGUGCAGCCCCAGUGGUGCGACCACGCCACGAACACUUUCUGAAUAAGUAUGCUGAACUUAUGAAGAGUAAAGGCCUUCUUCCCGAGAUCUUCUUAGUCCAUCAAACGCCCAGUUCUCAAUACGUUGACGAAGACGGUGAUGUGGCACACGAAUUUUAUGCUGAACAUCAAUCUCUAGACGGCCAAGUGCGGCGACUUCAUCGAGUUGUGAGUAAUUUACGACCAAAGGGCUUUGAACAGUACGCGAUCCCUCGACUUAGUCCAGAUGUGCCCGUUGUAAUGUGGGAGGUGGAACAACAGAGUUGA